CUUUUGGAUGAUAUAUCGAAUUUACAAUGGCGGAUUGAUGAACUGAAAGCAUUACAUGAACAUAAGAGAGAACUGGACGAGCUUAAACAGAAACUCUGGGAUAUUUCUGAACAUGGUUGGGAUAAAUAUCCUGGAUCAUUAGAUGACAAAAUUGUUGUUGAAUAUUUAAACAAGUUUACAAAAUUGCCGCUUCCGUUGACGCCAAAAGUACCAUUCAUCAAUAUCAUUAUGAUUGGAGUAACUGGCUCUGGAAAAUCUUCUUUUCUGAGGACUUUUGUCACCGCUUUAACAAACAGUGAUUAUAUCAAAGAUAUUUACAGUGCAUGUCCUAUAAAGAACAGAGAAAAAAGUGCAACAAAAAAGAUACAUUUUGAGCCUCUAUACAUGGGUGACAAAGGACCAAAAGUACCGUGCAGAUUUUUUGAUAUGCCUGGCAUUGAUGAAGAGAAGAUAAUUAAGAAAGAUGAACUAGAAUAUAUAUUAAAUGGGGAACUUCCAUGUACACUGAAUGAUGAGACGAAUCCAGAAACAGACAUGGAAAUACAGAAACCGAAUCCAGCGAAUGAUGUUCACUGUAUUCUGUACGUUAUUAGAGCUUCUACAAACCUUAAAGACUUGUCGACAAGCGUGAAAUUAAUGAUAGAGAUUCUAAAAGACCACGACUCAGAAGAUGGCGUUAGACAGUUUGUUGUAGUUACGUCCAUUGACGAAAUAGGAGUCCCUAAUAGCGACAUGAUAAAUGCCUACAAAUAUCCGUGUGUCCGUAAGUUCUGCGACGAGGUGUCUGUGGUUUUUGGAGUAGAUCUACUUAAUGUCAUUCCUGUGUCGAAUUAUUUUGAUGAAGUGGCUCCAAACAACGCCAAAAAUGCCAUGUCUCUCUUUAACCUCUGGCGUGUCUUUAAUUCUACAAGAGAAUAUAUUGAACGACGGUGGCUCAAGGAAAAAACGAUCAUCAUUUGAAAAGAGUUAACUUGCAAAAAGAACAAUGUUUAAAAAACUGGAUGUUAACUGUUGAAAAUGAUCGUUGACAAUGCAUAAUUUCUGGGGUUUUGUUUGUAUAUUUAUUUAUGUUGACGUUUUAAUGAUAUCAAUGUUUGAAAAGAUUUUUAUAUAUCCAAAUUUGUUCAUUUUUUUUUUUAUGAAUUUGUGUUUGGAUAAGGAGAAUCUUUUGUGUGGGUGCUUUACGUGUGCACUACAGUAACAGUAAUAAUACAGUUACACGUCAAUGUGUUGAAAGAAUUAAUGGUUUACAUAGAUGUUUUUACAGAUUAAAAAACAUAAUUG